AUGACGUACACAGCCCGUUGCCAUGACCCGUGCGUGCUGUCAGGAGAGACUAACCUUCUUCCAUCAACAAGGAGCCCUGACUCGCAGACGGAAAAUUUGGACGAGACGUAUCGGCACACAAUAACCGUUCACGGACGCGAAUACCAGCAAUACUCGAUUGAUAAUGAGAUAUCCUUUCAGCCAGUUGAUCGUGAUGAAGCGAAUCGGCUCGAGCUCCAGAAUAAAGUCUUCAACAAGAUCUUUGAUAAUCGGCUGAUCUUCCCGCGAAACUGUGAGCCGCAAAGAGUUCUUGACUGUGGUCACGGCGCGGGGUCCUGGGCUAUCCAGGUAGCAGAAGAAUUUCCAGAAUGCGAGGUCAUCGGUGUUGAUAUAUCCCCUCAUAUGAUACCAGAUGGCGACGAUGAUGAUUUUGAUGUGGCGGAAAAUUUGGAGUUUCAAGUCGACGAUCUGAACCGGCCCUUUACCUUCCCCCCUAGAUAUUUCGAUCUCGUCAAUUCGAGGAUGAUGGCAACAGGUAUCGAUGGAUCCCGAUGGUCGUCAUACAUACAAGACAUCAAAAGAGUUCUGAAACCAGGCGGUUGGGUGCAGUUGGUCGAGAUCUACUUCAACGUCCAGUCGGACAACGGUUCGCUCACGGAGAAGCACGCAUUGAGACAGUGGAGUACAAAGCUCAUGAGCUCAGUGGAAGACGUCAAAGAUCUUCGUGUAGGCACCCGCCUCAGAGAUCUCCUGCUAGCAGCAGGGCUGAAGGAAGUCGAAUCCACGAUGAUACCUGUCCCCCUCUGCGAAUGGUCCAGCGGUGAGUUCUUCCAAGCCAGUAUUAGUGGAAAAACCUCUGACAAUCCAGUAGAACCGAGGAUGCGGGACAUAGGCAAAGCCAGCCGCAAGAUCACCAGACACCUGCUCACCGCAGUAGCACUCUACCCCUUGACCCAACGCCUGCACAUGUCGCACGACGAGUUUCAGCAGCUGAUCGACCAAGCACAGAAAGAGGCGGAAAACCCGAGCCUGAAAACAUAUUUCCCUUUAAAUGACCGCCCCAAGAUAAGCUCAGGCCCAGAUGCUCUCCUCGCAGCGACCCGCGUCUGGAUAACAGUCCGCGAGGACUUCUUUCAAGAGCACAUGGGGCAAGACAAUGGUCUACGCAGUCAUUGCCAGCCCGUCCUUAAUGGAUCGAGCCCCGUCGCCCCAUUUGGGGUGCUCCUUUGGGCCUUGACGCGAUGGUAG